GAAGGUGCACCCGGUGGUCCUGGCCUCAAGCUACGAGCGGAGGAACGAGGGGGGCGGGCCCGGGUGAUUGGAACUCUGCUGGGGACGACGGAUAAACAUUCUGUGGAGAUCACCAACUGCUUCUCCGUCCCCCAUAAUGAGUCCGAGGACGAGGUGGCGUUGGAUAUGGAAUUCGCCAAAAAAAAUAUGUACGAACUUCAUAAGAAAGUCUCCAACACCAAACAGAUCGUGGGCUGGUACGCCACAGGAAAUGACAUCACAGAGCAUACCGUACUCAUUCAUGAGUAUUACAGCCGGGAGGCCACCAACCAUGUCCACCUGACUGUGGACACCAGCAUGCAGGGGAGCCGCAUGAACAUCAAGGCCUACAUCAGCACUUCGAUGGGUGUUCCCGGUAAAACGAUGGGGGUGAUGUUCACCCCACUGACUGUGCAAUACAUUUACUAUGACACGGAGAGGAUCGGAGUUGAUCUGAUUAACAAAACUUACUUCAACUCCAACUGCUCCAACAGCCUGACCACGGACCUGCAGCAAGUGGGAUCCGCGGCCAGCCACCUGCUGGAAUCUCUGGCCACCGUGCUGCAGUACGCCGAAGAUGUGCUGUCCGGUAAAAUCUCAGCGGACAACACGGUGGGAAGGUUCCUGAAGGACCUGGUGACCCAAGUUCCCAAGAUCGGCACGGAGGACUUUGAGGCCAUGCUCAACAGCAACAUCAAUGACCUGCUCAUGGUCACUUACCUGGCCAACUUCACCCAGUCCCAGAUCGCUCUCAAUGAGAAGCUGCUUAACUUGUGA